CCUAACGAGGACUGGGAACAGAAUAAGACAGGCGAAUACGAACAGGGAAAGCGAAGUACACGAAAACACAGGGAAAGUACCACAGACGAGAGGUCGCCUGACGAAGAUAGAGAACAGGACAACACUAGCAAAUACGAACCGGGAAAGCAACGUAGACAGAGAGGGUAACAACCUGGCGCGCAGAGAGAAAGUUGAUCGAGAGGACUAUACCAUACAAUGACCAGCGAACAUGAGACAAAGGAACAAGGUUUAAAUAGAAACACUAACGAAGAAACAACAAGGAACCGGUGGACCUAAAGGGGGGGAGACAGGAAAGCAUAGAAACAGACAAUAGUGGGAAAACAAGGGGGAAAAGCAAGAUAGGCAGGGGAAUGGGGUACGCUCCGGUCUGCGAGCGUGAAAGUAUGCCUACUGAAUAUUUACUGUCUGUUCUUAGGUCGUCAGCUAUUUAACAAACGCAUCGGUACACAUGAAAGCGUUUUCUGAACCCUGUGACCUUUGAUUUUUUUUCCCGCUACUGCAUCUUCAAACAAGCCCAACUUGGCGGGAAAACUGCAAACACGACAACACUGUGUACCUUUAUGAGGACUACUAAGGAUGGAUGAUGAGUCAAACAUAGGAACAAGUACAGAGUCUGAGAGUGAGACAGAUGCAGACUCUGACUGGGAGGACAAAAGGAAGAUGAGACAAACCAGGAGGAAAAGGAGGAAUAGAAACAGCCAGCGACCGUCCUCUCGCCACACUUCUAGCAAGAAGACAUUCACCAACAGACAUGCAGACAUCAGCAACCCACUGGGAGAGAAGAUCAGGAGUGCAGCUCAGUUUCCAGUCACGUGUGGACAUAAAGAAGGCACGCUGCACAAGAACAAGUACAGCAACAGUCAUCCAUGCAUCUACUCUGAAGGACAAUGGUUUACUCCCACACAGUUUGAACAGUUUGGGGGGAAAGAGAGAAACAAAAAGUGGAAGACAAGCAUCGUUCACCAUAAUGUUCCAUUGCAAACUUUCAUACAGGAGGGUUUUCUUUCAUGUCCAUCAUUUAGACAAAGGAAGACAGAGGAUGUGGAGCGUGCUGUCUCAAGGUCCUUGCCUGAUGUCACCAGAGACAUGCAGAGACUAAAGAGACAGGGAAGGACAGCAUGUUCCAGUGGAAAUACCAGUCACAGGAAAGACACCAUCUCAGAGCCCAUCUCAGACUAUGGGACUAGUAUCAGCGAAGAUGAUGAGGAAGAUGAUGAUGACGUCAUGGCAUUGUUCCGUGGUGAUUCUAUUCCUGUUAAAUGUUUCUCAGAGACAGGAACUCUACACAAAAAGCGCUUUGCUACAGGGAGAUGUGGAAAAUGCAUUAGAACAGAGUUGUGCUGGCUCACCCCCGAGGGGUUUGUUAAGUCCGCCUUACCCAAUGGGAUCUGGAGAAGAGACAUCACUAGCAACAGAACAUCUCUUGGAACUCUCAUAAUGAGGAAAAUAUUAGAGCUUCAUGCCGUCAACUGCAAAUGCCAGGUCUGCAGAGGAGAAAAUAUGCUGGAUCAAGUUAAUGAUGAUGAAUGCUUCAUUUGUAACACUCACGGAAAUCUGGUGUGUUGUGAUAAGUGCCCUCGAGCUUUUCAUCAUCACUGCCACACACCAGCUCUACAGGACGACACACUGGGUGAGCAGUGGAUCUGUUCAUUCUGCACCAUCAGAGCAAAUGAACCAUCAUGAUAUUUUAACAUGGCACCUCACCGCAUGAACGGUUUUCAACCAAUUUUUCUUCCUUUUUUAUUUUUUCAAUUCCAAAAAUGUGAUAAAUAUAAAUUAUAUAUAAUUUGUCAUUAAAGCAAAAGGUGUAUUAAAAUUGAUUGCCUGAAGUAUCACUAAAGUAUCACUUUUUUAUUGCUAGGGCAUAAACAAACUAGUGAAAAUGAAUGUAUUGUUUGUGUAGCCUUCUGUUUCCAUCCCAUAUGCUUGCACUGCCAGUGGAGAGUGACGACGGCACCUGUCUCCUCUGAGGUGCGUGGAGUCUGUCACCACACCUCUAUAAGGCUGAGCAGCACUGCGGAGGAGACGGGGGACUUCUGUCCACAUGACCCACCUGGCAGAGGCUCAGUUACUUUUCUCAACUUCAUAUCUGUUGUUUGCCAUUAGCAGUACAGUGACUUUACGCUUUACAAAUGGUCUUCCUUUGCACAACUGUAUUCCUUUACCUUUAAUUAGUUAUUAAAUCUACUUUAUAAGGAACUCUUUAAAUAAAAUGUAACAUUUAUA